ACCAUGAAGUUAAAUAUUAGCUCAUUGACUAACAAACUAAUACGAAAUCAACAUAUUUGAUAUUACGGUUUUUCAAUUGAUGAAAGGUUUAGCAAUAGAUUCUCACCGAAGAUCAUCAAAGAAGAGAACUUUAUUUUUAUUUCCAUAUCCACCAACCUCACCACCUCACCUACCACCAAAAUCCCAAAGCCACCAUUUUCAAUGUUUGAAACCUGCAGAUUCUUCGCCUCUUCAAGGCUGAUUCAAUACAAAAUUCAUCAUAUUCCAGCUACAAGAUUUCCCUCCCAAUUACUCUUUUCCUUUCCUCUUCAAUCUCACCAACAUGUCCUCCUCCUCGUCUUCUUCUUUCCCGGCGGUUCUUACUUGCAAAGCCGCGGUCGCUUGGGGACCUGGACAACCAUUGGUGAUUGAAGAGGUGGAAGUCAGUCCUCCUCAACCCAUGGAAAUCAGAAUUAAAGUUGUUUCUACUUCUUUGUGUCGCAGCGAUCUCUCUGCUUGGGAAACUCAGGCUAUUUUUCCUCGCAUAUUUGGCCAUGAAGCAUCAGGUGUUGUUGAGAGUGUUGGCCCUGGAGUGACUGAAUUCAGUGAAGGUGACCAUGUGCUCACACUAUUCACUGGAGAAUGCAAGACAUGUAGACAUUGCACAUCAGGUAAAAGCAACAUGUGCCAAGUUUUGGGACUAGAGAGGAGAGGUGUAAUGCACAGUGAUCAGAAGACCCGCUUCUCUAUCAAAGGCAAACCAAUUUAUCAUUAUUGUGCGGUUUCAAGUUUCAGUGAAUAUACCGUGGUGCACUCAGGGUGUGCUGUCAAAGUCAGUUUGGCUGUACCUCUUGAGAAAAUAUGUCUUUUAAGCUGCGGUGUGGCCGCAGGUUUGGGUGCCGCUUGGAAUGUUGCUGAUAUAUCUAAAGGUUCAACUGUGGUGAUAUAUGGUCUAGGGACUGUAGGCCUAUCUGUUGCACAAGGUGCUAAAGUUAGGGGUGCGUCGCAAAUAAUUGGUGUUGAUAUUAAUCCUGAAAAGAGCGAAAUAGCCAAAACUUUUGGAGUUACUCAUUUUGUUAACCCGAAGGAAUGCAAUGAUUCUAUUCAACAGGUCAUUAAUCGAAUUACUGAUGGAGGAGCUGAUUAUGCAUUUGAAUGUAUAGGUGACACAGGAAUGAUUACUACUGCUUUGCAGUCAUGUUGUCAAGGUUGGGGUCUGACUGUAACACUAGGUGUCCCAAAAGUGAAUCCAGAAUUAACAGCCCACUAUGGAAUGUUUCUUAGUGGAAGAACAUUAAAAGGAUCCCUUUUUGGCGGAUGGAAACCAAAAUCUGAUCUCCCCUCAUUAGUAGACAUGUAUUCAAAGAAGGACAUUCAAAUUGAUGAGUACAUCACACACAACAUAUCCUUUGAAGAUAUCAACCAAGCUUUCACUCUCAUGAAGGAAGGGAAGUGUUUACGUUGUGUUAUUCACUUACCAGCAUGAUCUUGAAUUAAUUAAACCCAUCUUGGAUGAUUUUGAACAGUCAAUGGAUACGGGAGAACAUGUGCACGGGAUUGUUGAAAACUCCAAGAGCUGCUCAGGAAUUGUUAUCCGAAGAAUUUUGCAACGUGAAUAUAUCUUCUUCGAUAGAAAAGGCAAAUCUACCAUUUCUUAAAAUCUCUCUUCUAAUUCAAAAUCAUGUGUAACGUGUAUCCCCUCCUAUUCCGGUCUUGUAAUAGAUGAAAUAAAUAAAUAAAUGGAUUUUUGAUCAAGAAUGAAAUCUUAUAAUAUUCAUCCUUAGAAA